AGCAAAAGGCUUACAUCGGUCAUUGGAUCGUCAAGAAAUUUUCUGUCUGACUGUUUUCGGGGUCGAAAAUGCAGCCUCUUUUUAUCGUGCUGUGUUUGGCGACGGUUUGCGAAUUCGUAAGAACGGAACGGAUCGUCACUGGUCAUUUGAUCGAGGAUUUUUUUCAACAGAAAUACGUUCACCAGGUCACUGUUUUUGCCUGUUGGAAUAAUUUUGAAGCAGCGGCAUUCAAUCGAGACCUGAUGAACUCUGGUAUAAAAACCGGAUUCGUCUACGUUCCCAACAGGAAUUUGAAUAUGCGCCAAAUUUUGACUGUCAACUAUUACAAGCUCGGCGUUGUCUUGGACUUGGACUGUCCGGGGAGCCACUUGGUUCUUGAUCAGUUUACAGAACAAAAUAUCCCCUUCAACGAGUCCUACUCUUGGUUACUCGUCACCAACGAGACGAUGCCGAGGACUUUACUGAGCACGUUGCCUCUUACCAUCGAAACCGAGUUAGUCGUUGCUCUUCUCGUAGCCGACGACACUUUCGAACUCUACGAUGUUUACAACCCGAGUUAUCGACACGGGGGUGAUCUAAACGUGACUUACAUGGGGAAAUGGAAUAUUCAACAAGGUCUGACCGUCAAUUUGACUCAGUACAAGUACCAAAGACGUGGCGAUCUUCGCGGACUUUCCCUCAACGUCUCGAUCGCUAUAACUCAUACUCCUGCUCCAGACUUCAUGACAUACAUCUCGUAUCCCAUUAACCGGCACCUGGAUACGAUGCACCGUUUCAAUUACGCCCUGGUUUGUCAGCUACGUGACUCUUACAAUUUCAAGAUGAAUUUAAUGAGAGCCACUUCGUGGGGAUAUCUGUUGGAUAACGGUUCGUUUAAUGGAAUGCUUGGUGACAUGAUUGCCGGCAGAGUUGAUAUCGGCGCAACGCCUCUGCAGUUCAAGGAAGAACGAAUCGACGUCGCCGAAUUCACUGUUCAAACUUGGCUGGCGAGACCCUGCUUCAUAUUUCGCCACCCAAAGAAAAGCACAGUUCGCAACGGUUUUCUUCGGCCCUUCGCCCCCGACGUUUGGAUGCUCACGAUGUUGACGGCCUUAGUGUGCUGGUUUCUAUUGUACAUUAUAGUCAAGGUAGAACCUCGUUUGACUCACCGUGCUGCCAAAACUACCCUCGACAUUCACGCUGCUUCGGAGACUGCUCUGAUCGUUGCCGCUUCUUUGUGCCAGCAAGGUCUGACGGAUGGACCGCAGUUGAUCUCCGGGCGUGUCGUCUUCAUCUUCCUCUUCAUCUGGGGCCUGCUUCUGUAUCAGUUUUACUCAGCGAGUAUCGUGGGUUCCUUACUCGCUCAGCACCCUAGGUAUAUAAACACCCUGAAGGACCUCCUGGAUAGUGAUCUGCGAGUAGGAAUCGAGGAUAUCGCCUACAACUACGAUUUUUUUGCGACGACCACUGAUCCAGUGGCGCUACGGCUCUACAAGAAAAAAGUAGCACCUGCCAGGAACCGGAAACAGCCAGCGUAUUACAGCCCUCGCGAGGGUCUUCGCCGCGUGCAAAAGGGCGGGUUUGCGUUUCACGUCGACGUUGCCACUGCCUACAAGAUAAUCACGGACACUUUUGCCGAGGACGAAAUAUGCGAUCUCGUAGAAAUCCAAUUGUUUCCUCCGAAACAUACGGCUACAGUUACGAGUAAGCAUUCGCCGUUCAAAAAAAUGGUCACUUACGGGAUGCGGAAAAUCAUCGAACGAGGGAUGGCCGAACGUCUGCGGCACGUUUGGCACUACCGGAAGCCGAUUUGUCCAGAGAGUCACAGUGCGAUCCCGGUCCCUGUGUCCCUUGAAGAAUUUUCGCCAGCCUUAUUUUUGCUCUCGAUGGGUAUGACGCUGGCUGGCGCUCUUGUGUACGUCGAGAAAUACGCCAAGCGCCAAAACGCUUUAAAAAAGAAACGGCACUUUUUCGUGACAUUAUCGAGUAUGGAGGAUAGGCGGUCAUGUCGUAAAUGUCUCGUUGAGGUAUUCAGAAAGCCCCAAGGUACAUUUAAUUCAAGGUUCCAAAAUUUAUUUGAUUGUCGAGAAGUGGUCCUCUUGACGCUUGACCUUACUUCUAACACUAAAGUCAAACUCAUAAAAUUUAUACCUGACAAAUGGUUUCUGCUUCUGGAAGAUAUGCAUCUUUCCAUUUUUCUGACCUUCGCACUACUGUUGGCCGGUGUAACGGCCUCGAUAGAUCGGAACGAGCUAAGCAAUUUAAUCAUCGACUACGUUAAUUACAAAAAUGCCAGUCGUUUGAUUUCAGCAUUCCUUUGUCUACGAGAUCUUGGUAAGAACAUUGAUUUUUCCAUCCACAACUCGGUUUCACUGAGCCGCAGGAUCAUGAAUGCCUCGAUUAGCGCGGCAAUUUUUAAUUCAUUGAAAAUCUGCGACGAUAAAGAACCGCUGGAGAAUCUCCUUCGCUAUAAUUAUCAUAGUAUAAAUAUCAUAACAGACCUUGAUUGCGACAGGAGCAAGGAACUGCUGAUUGGGAUUUCGGCUGGUAAUAUGUUCAACUAUUCCUAUUCCUGGCUUUUGACUAGCAAUAAUAAGAGCGACGCUCUAGAGUUCAUGGAAGGGUUGAACCUGAGCGUUGAUACCGACGUCGUAUUGGCAAUCACAGCUGAGGAAACCGUUAGAUUAUACGAUAUAUUUAACACCGGAAGUGAUCGAAACGGGACAUUGAACGCGACAUUUAUUGGCACCUGGCGGUCGUUGUCUCCUCGUUUGAACAUCAUCAAACUUCAGAGCCCGGUUUAUCGGCGCCAAAACCUCACCGGGAUAACUCUAAAAUUUGCUGCCGUGACCAUGUAUAUGGAUCCGAAGGAAGAUGAUCCGAUCAAGUACCUUUCCAACCCUGCGAACAGAACCUACGACGCCAUCUCCAAGGUCAAUUACGCCCUGGGUGUAAUCCCUCGAGAUUUUUUCAACUAUUCAGUGGAAGUAUCCACGUGGUCCGACUUCGGUGGACGCUGGAAUGGGACCCCCUUCUUCGGGAUGAUGGGUGCCUUGGGACGCAGGGAGGCCGACUUUACCCUUGGUGGUACCGUUAUGACGCAAGAACGGUUGGAGUAUUGCACUCCAAUCGUGCAGAACUACCCCUUUUGGACUGGUUUCCUGUUCAAACAUCCCGCCAGCCAUUCUGUCAGGAAUGUUUUCCUGGAACCGUUGUCGCCUUCUUCGUGGAACGCAGUGGUUGUCUUGUCUCUUCUUGUCAUCGUCAUUAUGAGUAUCGCGUCGCGCUAUCACAGGAAAGAAUAUGAGAAUCCUUGGUCCUUUGGGAUCUAUUCGACACUGGCGACACUCUUCCAGCAAGGGUGGCACAGCUCUCUCCCUGGUCACAGCGGGCACAUACUCUUCGUAGUUUUUACGCUCUUCAGCAUGCUGCUAUACAAUUUUUACAGCGCUUCUGUUGUUUCGUCGCUCCUCUCGGACCCCCCGCAAAACAUUCGUACGAUUGGGGACUUGCUGAAUUUUGGAAUGCCAUCUGCCUACGAGAAUGCUUCGUAUGUUCCACACUAUUUCAAAAUAUCAACUGUAUCAUCGGAAAGGAUGUUCUACGAGAAGAAGCUGCUGGAUAAAGGGAAACCAAAGAUUCUUCCCCGCUCUGAAGGUAUCCGAAGGGUUAAGGAAGGAGGAUUCGCCUAUCACACCACCCCUGCUGACGCUUAUGAGGAGAUUGCCCACGAAUUCGCUCAGCCUGAGAUCUGCAGCUUGGCCGAGAUCCCCUUCAUUAAGAAGUCGGUGCUUGCGAUGUGGGCUUCGCGGGAGAAUCCUUACAGAGAGCAUCUAAAGAUCAUACAUCGGCGUCUGGAGGAAGUCGGAAUCCUGGUCAGGGAACACAGGCGUUGGUUUGCUCCAAAACCGGAAUGCCUCGGUAGCACUGCAGUUCUUAACAGCAUCACGUUGAACGAUGUAGCACCGGCAUUUCUGGGACUUCUGUGUGGAAUUUUUGCUGCAGUUUUCAUAUUCGCUCUGGAGCUCGCACACCAUUCAUUGGAAGAAAAGAGCCAAGCCUCAAGGCGUCAUCGGCGGAAAAAAAUUCAGAGUUGGAAAACAACGAGAUCCAACCACGGUUAAUCAGCGCAUCUCGUAUUCAAGUCACUGAUGGGCUCGUGUCCUUGUCGACCGUCACAAAAUGACCGAAGGUUUUGGCGCUGUCUCCGUUCUCAUACAUUUAAUGUAGUUUUGUGUAAAUGACAC